GCGAAAUGCAUGCUGGGCACUACGACAAAAUGGCAACGUCUAUGAGUCGUGAAUGACAUUUGGUGUAAGAAUUCAGUUAUGUGAUAUUAAAGUCCGAACUGCCACAUUAUUUUGUUUUCCCAAUACAAUUAGAAUUUACGUCUUUAUAUAGGAAAUAAUCAAAAUAUUGCUAGCUGCCUUCCGAGGGAAUUGAAACGUCAGGAGUCAGGAAAAUGACUGUGCUAGGGGGGUUGCUGAAGACCGGAGUGUCAUUUUGCCAUUCUGCACUGCUACAGUCAGCCAGGCAGUUCUCUACAGGGGUGAGCAGAAGAAUCCGAAUGCACGCCAUUCCCCCGCUCAAAAAUGUAGACAGGUGGACCGAGAAGCGCAGCAUGUAUGGUGUCUACGACAACAUUGGAAUUCUGGGUGACUUCAAAGCCCAUCCACGGGACUUGAUUUUGGCCCCGGUUUGGCUGAAGGGUUUCCGCGGCAACGAGCUGCAGCGUCUUUGCCGGAAAAAGAAGAUGGUUGGAGACAGGAUGAUGACGACCGAUCGCCACAACCUUGAGAAGCGGAUCCGCUACCUAUACAGGCGGUUCAACAGAUACGGCAAACACCGCUGAGCCACUGCCAGCACCUGAUAGAUCACUUGUAUGGACUCAUUUUAUUGUUUUCUGGCCUCGGUUAAAACUGAAAUGGAUGUUGGAAAGCUGUUGUUGCUUGAUCAAUAACUUGAUCAGUGAUCUGCAGAGUGAGCACAGUGAUAGGCUUGAGCAUA